AGAGAGAGAGAGAGGAAGAAGUUAUGUGACAGGCUGGGGAAAUUAUGAUACGCACUCGACACAGUGAAGAGUGAAAAAGCUUCAAAAUACAGAAAAAAUAUGGAGAUGAUAAGAAGAACAAACAGGACCCGAAACCAUGAACUUAAGACGGACUUAUAUGAAAAGGAAACUAAGCACCAAGGACUGACACUCUAGCAGUACCCAACAAGCCAUUAUGGAUGACCCUUCCUCAACUCAGUCCUUCCACAACCUCCACCACCACCACUUGCCAUCCUAUCACCUAGCCUUGCCCAGCCUUGAGAGUCCUGAAGUGGGGUAUCUGCACUCUCAACACACCCUGGAUCCUUUGGAGCAAUACAGAGGCAGAGACGGAGAAUCCAAUCCCCCUUUUGCAACUACUAACACCUCCUCUGGUGGAAAGAGGGGGAGCAGUGGGGCUGAGAGAAUCGUGCUGAAUGAAAGUGGUGGCAGUUUGGAUGGACACGCUAACUUGGGAGGUCAUUUUGAUGAUGAGAGUGUAAGAGGUGGCCAUUUCGCUGACACUUUGUACAGUGUUAGCAAAGAAGAGGAGAUUUGGGAAGAGAGGAAGAGUUGCGAGAGCACCUCAGAUCACUUUUAUGGUAAAGAAGAUUGCUACAGUCACACAAAUGAUGUUUUCUACCCCUCGAAUUGUGGCGGGGAAGCAAACUAUGGUAACUACGGGAGCUGUGUAGCUAAAUGUGAAACAGCUCACUACAGAGAGGUUAGUGUCGGCCGUUUGAUCAAGCAAACAUCGUCCUACGACAAAAGUGCAGCCAGGGGCAUAAGUGACGGGUGUAUAAAUGAUUGUAGGACUGAUUCAAUGCUGAAUAAUGAUUAUCUAGAACGAGAAGAGGAUUACGGGUCCAGCUGUGGCUCAGGUGAAGAUCAACAACAACCAGCAGACGUUGAGGGACCUUGGCUAAGUGUCUCUCCUUCAAGUCAGACUGGAGAGGGUAGGUGGAGAGGACAAGCAGACACCAUCACGUUGGCCUCAGGCUGCCUAUCACAAAAAUCCCCCAUUGGUAUCAGCAGUGAGAUGCACAUUGAGAAACUGGACUCUUUCUCUGAGGCUUUUCUCUCCCAGCAUAAGAGAAGAUUUCCACUGAUCCUCAGCAGGGAUUCCUCUCAACACAUUUGGGAAUUUGGAGAAAGAAGAGGCGAAAGACACAGCUGUGCUUUUGAUUCAGACUCUUACCUGCCCCCGUCUUCCUCUUCAUCCCCAGCUCCCCCCUCUCUUCCAUCUUUCCCUUCUCCUCCUACAUCUUCUCACCUCAUGUCCUCUGUUCUGAGCCCUCCUCCAACUCCUCUACCUCCUCCCUCCCUUUCCCCCUUGAAAAUGGACUCUCCAGUUACAUUUGGAGGCAGCGGACAUUCGUUGUCCCAGGUGGGAGAACCGGUCCAGAUUUUUGCUUCCCGCCUUCAGUCUUUCCCAACCAUCAAUUCUUCUGGGAUGAUAUGGAAGUUUCCAGUGUUGUCACGCUGCUUUCCACAGUCAUGUGGGGACCCAAUCGACAUGGAGGGAACUCUGGGAUCAUCUCAUGGCAGAGAGUACAGCAACAUCACAGCCUCAAACAUCCCUCAAUCUCCAGAUUCAACUUUUCCUCCCUCUUCUUCCUCUACGGACCGGUCUCCCCUUCAUCCAGUCAGAAACCUCUGUCCCUCCAACGCUGCCCCCCUCCAUUCCCCCUUCCAUGUUGCCUCUCGUCCAUCUCAUCUUGCUAGCCAACACAAUGAGGGAGCAGAAGUGAUGAACCUCCACAUGGCGGACCAGAAAAUAAAGAAUGGACCGACCAUUCCGAACCAAUUAAAGCAACAAGCCUCCAAGACCUACACUGGAACUCCAUUUCCCAGUAUCCUUCACUCCAGCAAGGGUCAGAAAAGGAGCAGAUACACUCCACGACCCCUACUCAACCCUGUACGCACUGGAAAGGGCCUGUACUCCUGCCUCUCAUCUCUCCAUCACAGAGAAGAGAAGACAGCAUGUCAAGAGGAAGACAAGGAUUGUGGUGUGUUGCCGUAUGUCAACAUUGGUAAGGAUUCCCAGGCGGACAUUCUUCCAUGUUCGGAUGGCAAUAAGUCAGAGGAGGAAUCUCCAAGAGAAGAGCUGCUCUGGAAACCAUGGGGCGAGCUGAAGGAAAGUACUGGCAUACAAGACCAAGUGGAGAAGCUCUUGUCCAUGUGCAGUUCCAGCUGCUUACCAGGAGGGGGCAGCAACACUGAGCUGGCCCUGCACUGUCUGCACCACUGUCAGGGAGACAUAAAGGCCACACUGGAAAUGCUGCUCUUCUCACAGCCUAUACCUUUGGGAGACUACCACUACUCUGGUAGUGAUUUGUGGACAGACAGUGAGAAGAGUGUCUUCAGUGCAGCGCUGGGAACUCAUGGAAAAGACUUUUCACGCAUACAGAAACUGGUGAAGACUAAGACGGUGCGCCAGUGUGUUGAGUUCUACUACCUGAGCAAGAGGCUCCUUGACAAGCAGAAGAAACACAAAGAGGAGGAGAGCAGAGAUGGAGAGAGUGAGCUGCAGAAAAGUAUAACUCCCAUCUGUCAGCCAGUGGACAGACAGUUUGGAUUGGAGGAGGCUGUCCCUGUGCCCUCAUUGGCCAGCUUCUUUCCUUGCAAGCUGUGUGGCAAAAUGUUCUAUAAAAUCAAAUCCCGUAAUGCUCACAUGAAGAUCCACAGGCAGCCUCAGGAGGACUGGACCGACAGGCAGCUCCAGCAACAGAUCCUCACCCAGCGGCUGGCUCAUAAUCGUCCCAACAACUUGAUGCCCACCAUGAGCAGGGAUCUGCUUCAGUCUCAGGCUCCAGCUCUGACCUUUGACCCUAACAGCCGAAACAAUACUGAAAAUACCCAUCACUCUUCAGUCAGUAGCAACACCGUCACUCACAGCCAUGCCGGUAUCCUUAAUCCCAGCACCAUUGUAACAUACAGCAACAUCACAGCUUCAAACUCUCAUAAUAUCACUAAUACUAAUGACAGUGACUCAAAUCAAAGACAGCCCAUCUCUGUCUUACCUUUCCACCAGUCAUGGGGCUCAUAUGGACACAGUGCCAGCCCUGCCACCUUUUAUUACAGCUCAGAAGGGAAAGACAAUGCAGCAGCUGGGACAGUGGUGGGGAAACAGCCCACUAACUGGCAGUAGUGUUUAACCCUCCGUGAGCAUUAGUGCAACAGAGGCCAAAGACUGACACUUUGUUCUGUUAUUCAAACUAAGUUCUGGUUUGAGCUGUUGACAAACUUAUUUUUGUAAAACAUUGUAUUUUUUUGUUGUAAAUUGUAUACUUUCUCAGGUUGCAUAUUUAAUUGCAAUGUGUAUUUGACAUCUGAAUAAAAGUUGUUGUUUCUAACA